GCGGUGAUGUGGUGGAGAGAGUCUCUAGUUUUAAACUACUAGGCUUGACCAACAACCUUUCGUGGGAUAUACACGUAGAUAAAAUUUCAAAGAAAGCGGAUUCACGCAUUUAUGCUUUACGCCUAUUAAAGAAAGCUGGACUGAGCCCUUUAAACAUUGUUCAUAUUUAUUGUGCAGUUAUAAGAUCCCAACUGGAGUAUGCAUCACCAGUUUGGUCCGCUCUUCCAAAGACAUUAUCAGACCUUAUUGAGUCGGUGCAAAAAAGUGCUUUAAAAAUCGCGUAUCCCACUCUAUCUUAUGAUGAAGCAUUACGGAAAA